CGUGUAUAUAUCGUAUACUGCGGCGCCUUCAUCCUGCUGUUCUUAUCUAGUCUUACUCAUUAAACGUCAUUUUUUCCUUGAAUUGCUAACAUUCUCUUUCGUUUCAUUCCCCUCACUUUCUCCCUCCUACUUCUCAUCAAUUCUCCACUUUACUCUGCUUUUUUUAUAUAAAAAAAAAAAGCUCUGAAACAAAAUCCAAGGUGAAAUCAAAAACAAAAUGGGUUCUGAAACAAAGAAGAUUCUAGUAACUGGAGGUGCUGGUUUUGUUGGUACUCACUGUGUUGUUGUAUUAUUACAACAAGGAUUUAAGGUUUUUAUUAUUGAUAAUCUUCAUAAUUCUGUUGAAGAAGCUGUUCAUCGGGUUAGAGAGCUUGUGGGUCCUGAUUUGUCUAAAUUUCUUGAAUUUCAUCUGGGUGAUCUUAGAAAUAAGGAUGAUGUCGAGAAGCUGUUCUCUGAGAAUACAUUUGAUGCUGUAAUUCACUUUGCUGGAUUGAAAGCGGUGGGUGAGAGUGUUGCUCAUCCAUUUCGUUAUUUUGAUAAUAAUUUGAUUGGAUCACUCAAUCUCUACCAAACUAUGGCUAAAUAUAAUUGUAAGAAGUUGGUCUUUUCAUCAUCAGCAACAGUUUACGGACAGCCCAAAAAAAUCCCAUGUGUAGAAGAUUUUGAAUUGAAGGCUAUGAAUCCAUAUGGCCGCACAAAGCUUUUCCUUGAAGAAAUUGCUCGAGAUAUAUCUAGUGCAGACAAAGAAUGGAGCAUAAUUUUGCUGAGGUACUUCAACCCUGUUGGGGCACAUGAGAGUGGGAAACUCGGUGAGGAUCCUAAGGGUAUCCCAAACAACCUUAUGCCUUACAUCCAACAAGUUGCUGUUGGGAGACUACCUGAGCUUAAUGUCUACGGCACUGACUAUCCUACACGAGAUGGUACUGCGAUUAGAGAUUACAUCCAUGUGAUGGACUUAGCUGAUGGUCAUGUAGCUGCUCUAAAGAAGCUGUUUAUUGCAGAUAAUAUAGGUUGCGAUGCUAUUAACUUGGGGACAGGCUAUGGUGCUUCGGUGCUUGAAAUGGUUGCAGCUUUCGAGAAGGCAUCAGGAAAGAAAAUCCCACUUAAAAUGUGUCCUAGAAGACCAGGAGAUGCAACUGAAGUUUACGCCUCAACCGAAAAGGCUGCUAAAGAACUUGGUUGGAAGGCGAAAUACAACAUAAAUGAUAUGUGCAGGGACCAGUGGAAAUGGGCAAGCAAUAAUCCAUGGGGCUAUCAGGGCAAACCGUAGUUAAUCAAAGAUCGAAUCGGGUAUCAUAUUGUUCAAGAGUGGCAUUAAACAUCACGCAUCUGUACUGUAAGUAAAUGUGGUGCAGAUUCAUCAAUGAGAAACAGAUAAUGUUAUUUUCAUUGCCUUACAAAAAACACUUGCAUAAUAUCGUUACGAUUGAAAUCUAGCACAUACACCAUCGACUAUUGAUUAGUUACCCGACCAUUACACCGAGUCGAUUUCAAUUGGGACCACCAAAACAGAGCAAACGACCCCAAGGGCGUCCAUCCCCUAUCGAAGGCGUUAUAUCGAUUAGAAGGGCUGGAAUAAACUUGGGUGUGUUUAGGAUCAACUGUAUUUGAGUUGGCAUCUACAACAACAAAAUGAUGGCAGAAUGAUGAUAAAGUAAUAUCUUCAUUAGUACAAUAUGGAUAACGACCAUUUCCCAUCAAUGGAAGAUUCUUGUCUGGACUGUAUGCUUCUCCA